CACCUAAAACAGCCGCGCUUGCAGUUGUUUUCUUUUUGCCGAAUAAUUUCAAAUAACUAUAAAUUUAAGAUGAACAAGGACAACUCCAGCAUGCAGAUGGACCCCCAAUUGGCCCUUCGCCUCCUGGCCGACGGCGGAGUGCUGGUCAUUGCCGGCGUGCCCGAGGGCACGGAAUUCGGCAUAGAUCUGUGCGCCUACACAAUUGGUCCGGAUUUCCGAGGCGUCAAGAUGAUUCCACCAGGCGUCCACUACGUUUGGUGCGCCUCCCGCGGUCCAUACGGCGAUGCAGCUCCUCGCGUCGGCUUCGUGCACUUCUUCCAUCCCAACGAGAUUGUGGUGCGCGAAUGGGAUCAUGAACUGGAGGAACUGCGUCCGCGGCGGAUUGCCGAACCGGAGGUGGAACGCGACAGGAUCCGCAAGAACCUGGCGCAGUUGGAGCGAAUGCUGGCGCCCUACGACUACCGCUACGUGGUCCAGUGGAAGGAGCUCAGCGGCAGCGUGACGGAGGAGUGCGUGGAGCGCUGUCGUCCGACGGAGGGAACCAUUCGCACCAACAUCGAACUGCAAUCCUGCCCGGAUGCCGAGCGUCCCAGGGGAGUAGUGGGUGCGAGCAGCAUCAGCCGGCGGAAUGCGGCCGCCCGGCUUCUGUUGGACGAGAGCGAACUGCUGCCGGACCUAAAACCCGUGGAGGGAACAGCACCACGCUUCAGUAAGGUUCCCCAGCGUGUUCCCCAGGAUGCCCCGCCGGCCGACGUCUCCCGUCACGCCAUGGACUGCAUAGAAGCUGUGGACAAGCUGCUCGACUCCUUCGACACCGCCGACGGACUCAUCGAGGAACUGCAGCUGGCCUAUGUGUUUUUCCUAGUUGGCUACUCUGUGGAGUCCCUGGCCCACUGGCGCAAGAUUCUCGGGCUGCUGGCUCACUCGGAAACGGCGGUGACCCAGCACAAGUUGGCCUACAUGAAGUACAGCGAGGUGCUGGCCCAUCAGCUGCCUCAUUUGCCCGAGGAACUAAUGGUUCCCGGUCCACACAAUACGGUGUACAAAGAUGUACGCGAACUGCUGGUCAAUCUGCAUGCGGGCGGCUUGAGUGUCAGUGGCGAGCGGCUGGCCAAGCGACUGGAAAGGAAACUGGGAUGGGCCUUUGAGGGCCUCCUAGACGAGGAUCCCGAGGAUCAGCCGGUGGUUAUAGAACUUCCAGAGCCCUAGUACCCAUGUAAAUUCGCAGCGAGUGCUGGGUGCGCAAGUAGUUCCACAGAUCCCGGGCCGUGCGAAUGCUGACCAUGAAUUGGCACAACUUGGUCUCGAUCAGGCAGAGGAUCAAGAACUUGG